GUCUCGCGUUGUGUGGACACAGCUGACCGCUGUCUGCGAGCAGGAAUAAACCAGGCUAGGCUAACAGCCCGGACAGUUAGCAGCCCAGUGAGCGGGGGAACGGGUCGCACCGACCGAGCAGCACCGUGGAGACAGGACCGGAGCGAGUCUGAUUUUCAACCGACAAUGCAAACACCGAGUGUCGCAGCUAGCUAACGUUAGCCCCGUCCCCGCGGACCAUGGCAGAACCCACGAUCAGCCGACGAUAGAGAGACAAGGCGACAUCGACAGGAAAGCGGUUCGCUUAGUUUCAAUGUUAUUGUCAGUUGAAAGCACAUAUGGUCACGAUGUCCUGCUCUGGGAACCUGGUCUGGGAUGUAAAUAAACGCCUGAUUGGAUACAACGAGCCCAACACCAUCAGGACCAACUACUUAGGUAGAAGAGAAUUUGUCCAGAGGCUUAAACUUGAAGCGACACUGAAUGUACACGAUGGCUGUGUCAACACGAUAUCCUGGAACGACACAGGCGAAUACAUCCUGUCGGGAUCAGACGACACAUUUUUGGUUAUUACGAACCCAUACAACAAGAAGGUUAAGAAAUCCAUACGUUCAGGUCAUCGGGCAAACAUCUUCAGUGCGAAGUUCAUGCCGCACACCAACGAUCAGGAGAUCAUCUCCUGCUCGGGAGAUGGCAUCAUCUACUACACCCACAUUGAGAAGAGUCCUGAGUUCAACAGACAAUGCCAGUUCACCUGUCACUAUGGGACAGCUUAUGAGAUUAUGACGGUACCAAAUGACCCCUACACGUUUCUGUCAUGCGGGGAGGACGGCACGGUGCGAUGGUUCGAUCUUCGCACGAAGACGAGCUGCAAUAAAGAAGACUGCAAAGAUGACAUCCUGAUUAACUGUCGGAGGGCAGCGACCUCUAUAUCCAUCUCUCCACUGGUGCCAUAUUAUCUGGCCGUGGGCUGCUCCGACAGCUCAGUGCGAAUCUACGACAGACGCAUGCUGGGAACCAGAGCGACAGGUAACUACAUGGGCCGGGGGACGACGGGCAUGUGCGUUCGUUUUGUUCCCGCUCACUUGUCCAACAAGUCGUGCCGGGUGACGUCUCUCUGCUACAGCGAGGACGGGCAGGAGGUGCUGGUCAGCUAUUCCUCCGAUUACAUCUACCUGUUCAAUCCCAAAGAUGACCAGGCCCGGGAGCUGAAGGGCCCGUCCGAGGAGAGGAGGGAGGAGCUGAGGCAGCCUCCAGUGAAACGCCUCCGACUACGAGGGGACUGGUCUGACACUGGACCCCGAGCUCGCCCGGAGAGUGAGAGGGAGAGAGACGGUGAGCAGAGCCCAAACGUAUCUCUGAUGCAGAGGAUGUCGGACAUGUUGUCUCGUUGGUUUGAGGAGGCCAGCGAGGCUCAGAGCAGCAGAGGGACGCGACCACAGACACGGCCCAGAGGAACAGCCGUCCGUCCCGAGGCCUCGUCAAAUCCUCCAGCUGCCCCUGCAGGAGACUCCAGUCAGAGCUCCAGUGCCCCCGAGAGGCCUGUGACGACAGACACUUCAGUGGAACCUGCUGCUCCUGCCGCUGCCACCCCCGAUGCUCCUGCCGCUGCCACCGCCACCGCCACCGCCACUGUCGCUGCCACCACUGCUGCCACCGCCGCUGCCACCGCCACCGCCACUGCUGCCCCCAUGCCUAAGUCCACCUCCUCUUCCUCCUCAGGGUCUUCAUCAACAGUCACAGCACCUCCUCCUUCCAGCUCCACGUCAGUGGAGAGUUCGGCCCCUUCCACCUCCCCCCUCACCUCCUCCCCUGACUCAGAGCAGAGGAGUCAGGCAGAUGCGACCAGGACCCCCACGCCGGCGGCCGCAUCCACCUCAGAAGCUGCACUCUCAGAGUACGGUCCCCACCGGCUUCCCAUAAGUUUAGUGUGUAGGCGUUUGCAGAGGUUACUUCGGCUGGCCGACCCCCCGGGACGCGGUCAGCGGGCGGGGCCAUCUUCUUCCUCUGCAGAGAGAGCGAGACAGUCACAAAGAGCUGCUACCUCUGCUGCUGCCGCUGCUGAGACGCCACCCCGUACAGAUUCCCCCUCGUCUGUGGUUAACAAACAGCUGGGAUCCAUGACUCUUGAUGAACAGCAGGGAGGAGCAGAACCUGCAGCUUCACCUCCUGGUGAAUCUGUAUCUGCACUAGUCAGCAGCAGCAGCAGUAGCAGCAGCAGCGCUCCAACCUCCUCCACCUCGACUGGCACCAGUCGACCCAGUGCAGCAGAGCCGGUCCUUAGCCUACAUUACAGCUCAGAGGGAACCACCACCAGCACCAUCAAGCUGGACUUCACUGAUGAGUGGAGCAGCACUUCUGGCACUAUGGGCAGCGGAGCUCACAAAACAUCUGAGGUUGUACAGAGCAGAGCGAGUGUGUCGACGGAGAGUUCAGCAUCAGGGCAAAUUCCCUCUGAGCCCUCGAGGCAGCAGAGUUUGCCGGCCGCCUCUGCAGAGCCACCGUGUGACGCCUCCUGCAGCUCGACGGCUCCAGCCGCGGCAGAGGGCUCCUCUCAGGGGGGCAGCGCGGAGAGAAGUCAGCCGGAGGGUGCGGAGGACACAUCCGGAGGCUGCAGGAGGGCGGAGCCCACCGGGGAGAGCCAAUGCGGCCCGCUCCCAUCAGAGUGGGAGGGCCAGAGUCAGCCCGCACGGGGCAACCAGGACUCUGAUGACAGCGAUGACGAUCCCAUCCUCAUCCCAUCAACGAGGCUCAGAGGACAGGGACAGAGACUUAGUACCAGAGGAUCUGCAGUAGGAGAUAGGAUGAUCAGACGCUCGGCGGCAGCUCGCAUCCAGGAGCUGUUUCGCAGGAGGAAAGAAAGAAGGGAGAUGGAGGAGAGCGAGACCCAGAACAUCAGGAGACCCUCGGUCAAGAUGGUCUACAAGGGCCACCGCAACUCCAGGACAAUGAUAAAGGAGUCGUGUUUCUGGGGCAACAACUUUGUGAUGAGCGGCUCCGACUGCGGCCACAUCUUCAUCUGGGACAGACACACCGCAGAGCACCUGAUGCUGCUCGAGGCCGACAACCACGUGGUCAACUGCCUGCAGCCGCACCCCUUUGACCCCAUUCUCGCUUCUUCAGGGAUAGACUACGACAUCAAGGUUUGGUCGCCGCUGGAAGUUUCGCCAUCAUUCAACAGAGUCCUCGCUAAUGAGGUCAUAACUCGGAACGAGCUGAUGUUAGAAGAAACGAGAAACACAAUCACAGUCCCGGCCUCUUUCAUGUUACGGAUGUUGGCCUCCCUGAACCACAUCAGAUCAGAUCGACAAGAGGGCGACCGCUCUGAAGGUUCGGGUCAGGAAAAUGAGGAAGAGCAGUAGCCUGCUGGGAUUUUAUUUUACAGAAAACAUCAUUUCUUCUUGCUGUAUAGCACUUGAAAAAAGAAAAAAAACUGAUUUGUACAAGUAUAGUGUAGAAUACUUCCUUUCGGAAAUUAGUACAAUUUCUUGGCCCCCUUGUGUUUUUUUAAGAUCACUUUCUUACUGAUGUUUCUGUACGAGGAUAAACUGUGUGAAUGCAAAAGGAAAGGACGUCAGUAUAUACAGUAUAUAUAUAUAUAUUAUGUGUGAGAAUAACGGCGGCUGGUGUGACAGGAUGUAAAGUGCAAUAUUUUGUUAGGAGAGAGUGAACUUUGAUCAGUGUUAACGUGUGACAUUUUGAAUUUGUAGCACAAAGCUAAGAGAUGUUGAUGUGCUGCUACGGCAGUUACGCAUGUGAACAAGGAGUUUCAGUAAAACACAUUUUGAAAAAUGUUAAAUUUUUGUUGUUGAAGAGAAAAAAAUAAGGAAAAAAGCUGUGGAUCUCUAUGACGGAGUAUUAGGGCCAUAUUUAAGAAGAAAAUAUUAAUUUUGAGAAUGUAAUAUUACAAUAUAUUUAUAUACUACUGCUAUAUACUAUUUGUCUAUAGUAUACAAGUCAAAAUAUUACAAGGAUAAAUAAAACAUUUUAAGGAAAUUACAAGCAGGUAUAACCUGUGCUCGCCUGAGUUUUACUCCAAAGUUUUGAUAUAAAAAUAAUCUGUAAAAGACGCAGAUCAAAACAAACGAUUACAGCACUCCUAAUUUUGAAUAAAAUAUUAUGACUUAAUUCUCGUAAAAUUCAGACUCUAUUCUAGUAAUAUUACGACCUUGUUCUCGAUCUCAGAUUUGUUUUCCUUUUUAAGUGGCUCUAAUACUCCGUUGUGCUUCUUCUCAAAGGGUUGUUACUAAAUUAUUAUCUUUUACAACAUUUGGAAAAAAAUAAAGCGAAAUGGCUUCUUAAAGA